ACCUCAUCUACCCUCCCAGCAAGCCCUUCUCACCUUCCAAAUCCCUUAAAGGCUUGCUUGACUUUUAUCAUCAACAUUACAUUAAUCAUAGCUCUACCAUUAAUCCUUUCUCCUAAUUUUUUUGAGUUCUGACAUUUCUGUGUCUCUCAGAGACAAUAACCACCGUGUACAUGUCACUCAACUGCUCAAACUGCAGCAGCCCUUUGCAGCUUCCACCAGGAGCCAACUCCAUCUGCUGUGCUAUCUGCCAUGCCACCACCCUCGUAGCUGAUUCUCGCUCUGCCCCGCCACCGCCUGCUCUAUCUUACUCCUCCUCAGGCCAAGACGACCAUGACCACCCCCCACAUCAUCCUUCUCAAGUGGUUCCAUCACCAUACAAUCAUGCACCUCCUGGUCCACCACCUGCUGUCCAUGGCACAAAGCGUGCUGUUAUUUGCGGGGUGUCUUAUAAGAAUACUAAGAAUGAACUCAAAGGGAGCAUUAAUGAUGUUGUGUGCAUGAAGCAUUUGUUGGUUAAUAGGUUCAACUUCCCUGAAUCCUCCAUCAUCGUGCUCACUGAGGAAGAAACCGAUCCUUAUAGGCGGCCAACGAAAUACAACAUGAGACUGGCAUUGUCAUGGCUCGUGCAAGGAUGUCAGCCUGGAGAUUCAUUAGUGUUUCAUUUUUCCGGUCAUGGUUCGCAGCAGAAGGAUCAAAAUGGAGAUGAGCUGGAUGGAUAUGAUGAAACACUUUGUCCAACAGACUUUGAAACUCAAGGAAUGAUCGUUGAUGAUGAGAUCAAUGAAAUAAUUGUCAAGCCUCUUUCCCAUGGUGUUAAGCUUCAUGCCAUCAUUGAUGCUUGCCAUAGUGGCACCGUGUUGGAUUUACCGUUUCUCUGCAGAAUGGACAGGAGUGGGAAGUAUGUUUGGGAAGAUCAUCGUCCUCGAUCAGGAGAAUGGAAAGGAACAAGUGGUGGGGAAGCGAUCUCCUUCAGUAGCUGCGACGAUGAUCAAACCUCCGCGGACACCUCGGCUCUAUCAAAGAUCACUUCAACAGGUGCAAUGACUUACUCAUUCAUCCUAGCAAUCGAGCGCGGACAUGCAACUUCAUACGGGAGCAUGCUAAAUGCAAUGCGGUCUACCAUCCGUGAUACGAGCAAUGAGCUUCGUGGUGGUAUUAUAACAUCACUUAUCUCAAUGUUCUUAACAGGGCGGACUUUCAGUGGAGAGAUCACACAGAUUUUUCUGCAGGAACCACAGUUAACUGCUAAUGAACCAUUUGACGUGUAUUCAAAGCCUUUCUCCUUGUAACGAGAGAAGAAAUCGCCAUGAAACCAUCUGAUACGUUUUAGGGGGUCAACUGUACAGUCCCUGAGUAAACACCAGUUCCCAUCGUUAGUUUUAUGCAAGAGACCCAUUUGACCCAGGAGGAAGGAACAAGCUUACUCUCUCUCUCUUUCUCUGGACAUUUUGGCCGAGAACUCGGGAAGAAGUUUGGUUGAAAGAGAUGAAGGUAAGUGAAUGGCUGGGAUCUUUUCAGUAAGGAGGAGGGUCACGUGGACGGUGGAUGUUUGCUGAGCAAUGAAGGAUUGACACACGUAGUAACCAUUUGAAUCUUUCUAAAAAAAUUAUUUCCUUUUAAUUGAGUCCAA